AUGCAAGCUGCCUGGACGCAACUAUUCCCACCCAAGCCUACUUUUACCGAGGAUAAUGUUCCUUCACUAGAAGACAGAGUCUUCAUGGUGACGGGGGGAACUAAUGGCGUCGGCCUAGAGCUAGUCCAUAUGCUGUACUCCAAAGGAGGCACAGUCUAUCUUCCCGCCCGGUCCGCCACCAAAGCACAAAAGACUAUCGACACCAUCAAAACCGCAUACCCAGAGAGCACUGGCAGUCUCAAGACACUUCACAUCGAUCUUAACGAUCUUGCCUCCGUGGCAGCCUGUGCCUCUGCCUUUCUUGCGCAGGAGACGCGUCUCGACGUCUUGUGGAACAACGCGGGUAUUAGCGCUGCACCAUCACACGAAGUUACUGCCCAAGGAUAUGAGCCACAAAUGGGAAUAAACUGCUUGGCACCAUUCCUUCUCACAAAGCUCCUGCUCCCCGUCUUGAAGCAGACAGCUCGCAGGAACCCUGGUCCUUCGACUCGAGUCAUCUUCACAGGCUCAGGUGUAAUGGACAUGAUGGCCCCUCCUGGAGGCAUUUCGCUGGCCGAGCUUACUCCCGGCAAACAAUCCAAAGACCCAACACACAACUAUACCAUUUCCAAAACAGCAAACUGGUUUCUCGCCUCUGAAUUUGACCGGCGUGUGCGUUCAGAUGGUAUUAUCUGCAUUUGCCAGAACCCUGGAAACCUGUCAACCAAUAUCUGGGACCGCGUGCCGUGGCAUCUCAGAGUACCGAACAAAGUCUUUCUGCAUCCACCGAAGCGAGGAGCUUAUUCAGAACUCUGGGCUGGGGUCAGCACAGAUGUUAAGCUUGAGGAUGGUGGUAGGUAUGGCAUCCCUUGGGGAAGAUGGCACCCGAGCCCGAGGAAGGAUCUUGUCCAGAGCUUGAAGAUGAAAGAGGACGGUGAUAGUGGAAUUGCAGCGGACUUCUGGGAUUGGUGUGACCAACAGACAAAACAAUUUGUAUAA